AUGGAACCCAUGACGUACUUUUUACCUGCUGAAGAAAUUUACGACAUAAUUGAUGCUGCCCAUAUUUCUAUUGGACAUGGCGGCCGUGACAGACUUAAGAAUGAAACGGCAAAGAAGUAUGCUAAUGUAACAAAAGAAAUGAUCAAUAUAUAUUUAUCCAUGUGCGAAGUAUGUCAGAGUAAGAAAAGUAAGAGCAAGCAAGGACUGGUGUUAAAACCAAUCCUCCACACCGAAAUGAACAGUCGUUGCCAAGUCGAUCUCAUUGACAUGCAAUCGCAAGCAGACCGUGAAUACAAAUUUAUUAUGGUCUACCAAGAUCAUUUGACUAAAUUCGUGGUUUUACGAUCUCUUAAAACAAAAAGAGCUGCAGAAGUUGCGCAUCACUUGCUGGAUAUUUUUUUAACUUUUGGAGCUCCAUGCAUUCUUCAUUCAGACAACGGCAGAGAAUUUGUGAAUUCAGAUUUAAAAGAGUUAGCAUCUUACUGGCCUGAAUUAAAGUUAGUUAAUGGAAAGCCGCGUCAUAGCCAAAGUCAAGGUUCUGUUGAACGAGCCAACCAAGAUGUGGAAAAUAUGUUGGCCUCUUGGAUGCACGACAACAAAACAACUAACUGA